AUGGAGAAGACCAACGCUAUUGCUGUCGAAGAUGUCGUCCUUGAAAAACCUGGCAAGCCUCUAGUCACCAGCCAGAUCGUCAACGCCGAUUUGACUGAGGACGAUGUCAUCUUCCUGGAGGAGUACGAUGAGAAGGCGAAGAGCAGACUGUAUCACAGGAUCGAUAUUCGUCUCGUCCCGAUGCUUGCUCUGCUCUACCUCGUCUCUCAUCUUGACAGAGCCAACAUCGGCAACGCAAAGAUAGAGGGGCUCGAGAAAAGCCUUGGCAUGGCUGGUGUCGACUACAACAUCGCUGUCGCUAUCUUCUUUGUGCCCUACAUCCUCUUUGAGGUCCCCAGCAAUUUCCUCCUCACCAAAUUCAACAAGCCGUCUCACUACAUCGGCGGCCUCGUCAUCGCAUGGGGCACCGUGAUGACAUUGACGGGCGUGGUCCAGAACUUCGGUGGUCUGCUCGCCACUCGUGUCUUCCUCGGUGUCUUUGAAGCCGGCUUCUUCCCUGCAGCCAUGCACACAAUCGGCAUUUGGUACCCACCAAACAAGACCCAAACCCGCACAGCUCUAUUCUACUGUGCAGCUGCUAUCGCAGGCGCCUUCAGCGGUCUCUUAGCCGCUGGCAUCGCCAAAAUGGACGGUCUCGGCAACUACGACGGCUGGAGAUGGAUCUUCAUUAUCGAAGGCAUUGCCUCGGUCAUCGCAGGCAUCAUGGCGUGCUAUAUGCUUCCAGAUACACCGGCUUCAUCGAAAUGGCUGACGGCGGACGAAGUUCGAUUUCUGGAGCUGACUCAUAUCGCUACUCGAGGGAAGAAGGUGAAGGGAGGCGAGCAGAAGGAGAAGUUCAAGUAUAAGACGCUCUUCAGUGUGCUGCUGGACUGGAGGAUUUGGCUCAUGUCUAUUGUUAUGUGGUCGAAUACUGUUCCGGGCUAUGCCCUCAAGUUCACCCUACCUCAGAUCUUGCGCGGGAUGGGCUUCACUAGCACCAAGGCGCAGUUGCUGUCGGCUCCACCCUACGCCAUCGCCGCCACCAGUGCCAUUUGCUCCGCCAUCCUCGCCGAUCGCUUCUCCUGGCGCAUGCCCAUCAUCGUCGGCGGGCAAGUCCUCGUCAUCAUCGCCAACUCUAUCCAAUUCGUCUACGCAGCCGACAUUGCCAACAACGUCGCACUUUGCUACUUUUGUGUGUUCAUGGCGCUUGCUGGCGCGUAUCCAAUCAUCCCUGGUGUGAUGGCUUGGCAGCUGAACAAUCUUGCCGGCCCGUUGAGACGCGCGAUGGGGAUCGCGCUGAUGGUUUGUCUCGGGAACGUUGGCGGGAUUAUUGGAAGUUUCAUCUUCCUCGACGCCGAAAAGCCCAAGUACCCCACCGGCUUCGGCUCCUCGCUGGGCUUUGCUGCAGGCGGUCUCUUCGCUGCCUUCGCCCUCGAGUUCGUGUACUGGCGCGCAAACAAGAAGGCCGAUGGCAUGACUGAGGACGAGAUUCGGGGCAAGUAUUCCGAUCAGCAGCUGGAGGAGUUGGGCGACCGCUCGCCGUUGUUCCGGUAUGCACUUUGA